AUGGCUUCAUAUUCAGCAACAAUAUCUACGAAUCUGCCUAGCAUAUUACAAAACACUACUAUUCAAAAUAAAACUAAUAUAACCACACUCGAAAACCAUAAUCCGGAUUGGCUGGAUUUGGUUCUCCUUUUUGUCAAAGGAGGUAUAUUCUUUAUAAUAAUAAUAAGUGCUGUAUUGGGCAACGCUUUAGUGAUAAUUAGUGUUCAUAGGCAUCGCAAGCUCAGGGUUAUUACUAACUACUACGUAGUAAGUCUUGCUAUGGCAGAUAUGUUAGUAGCACUAUGCGCUAUGACUUUUAAUGCAAGCGUUGAAUUAACCAACGGUAAAUGGUUAUUUGGAUACUUCAUGUGCGAUGUAUAUAACAGUCUAGAUGUUUACUUUUCCACAGCCAGUAUACUUCAUCUCUGUUGCAUUAGCGUUGAUAGAUAUUACGCUAUAGUAAGGCCUCUAGAAUACCCAAUUACUAUGACGCACAAAACAGUAUCGUUUAUGCUAGCCAAUGUUUGGGUGCUACCGGCUCUUAUGAGCUUCACACCCAUAUUCCUCGGGUGGUAUACUACAAACGAACAUCAGGAAUACCGGUUGACUCAUCCUAAUAAUUGUAGCUUUAUAACUAAUAAAUAUUAUGCAGUAAUAAGUAGUUCUAUAAGCUUUUGGAUUCCUGGAAUAGUCAUGGUAACCAUGUACUGCAGGAUAUAUAAAGAAGCUGUUAGGCAAAGGAAAGCACUAACAAGAACUUCUUCCAAUAUUAUUUUAAACUCCAUACAUCAGCAUAGAACUUCGUAUAGGGAUCGGUACGGCGAUCACUACUUACAUCCUUCCGAUGGAGAGUUAACGACAGUGGGACAGGUUAAUGGGAGAAGAAGUACGAGUUCUGGCUCUGCUGCUUCAUACGGAACCACCAUUACAGAAUUUAACACCGCCAUGAACACUAGGGAUAGCAAAGCUGCUACGGAACUCAACAACUUAUAA